CACUUAGUAAGACUAGUGAGAUCUUCAGUUGAUCUACCUUUGAGACUUCACUGUAGGCUUGCUGAGGAGACAACAAUGCUGAAGAAAGAGUUUAUGCCAUACUGGAACCUGAGUGUCACAGUGUUGCGAGGAAAAUUCAAUCAGUCGUACGACAUUUUGUCUAAAUGUGACUGCUACGUCGUCUUAAAGUUACCCACGGCCUGUGCCUGCUGUCAUCGUACCAAGACUGUGAAAAACAGUAACACACCAAAAUGGAAUGAAACCUUCCUUUUCAGAGUGCAUAGUGGUGUCAAGAACAUUCUGGAAUUCCACAUUUAUGAUGCUGACAAGUUAACGAAAGAUGACUACUGCUCCACCAUCCUAUUCGAUAUCAAUAACCUCACGCCUGGACAAAAGCAAACAAAAUGCUUCAUUUCAGAUGAUAAGAAAAAGAGUGAGCUGUGGGCGGAGUUUGAGAUGACGGAGAGCUCUGAGAAGCCUGAACCAUACUUCUCUAAUGGAGUGCUGAUGGCAGGCCCAUUCUGUGCAUUGGAUGUGAAGGUGCAAAAACGUCUAAAAACUAAUGCAGAGAAGAGCAUGAUGUUAAAACUGCGAGGCGCAUAUAAGGAAGACUGUAUGAUCUCGAGCUCUGUGGAAAACCCCAGCGGCACACAGACUAUGUGCUACUACAUCAACCGAGACCUGGAGACUGAGUUUAGUCUCAUCCCCCCAAAAGCUGGGGUGGAAGUGGAUGGGACAAAUCCAAAGACUGUAGACAUUCUGUCAUCUGUCUCUGUAAAUCCUUUACCAGCCAAAAAGCAGAUUAAACUCUCCAUGCCUGUUGGACAGGGUGAAGUGGAUCUGCAACUAAGCACAGCAGAGGGCCGCUAUAAUGAACAGCUGGAUGUGCGUCUGGGAUUUGAUAUUCCAAUGGAAGAAAAGAAUUUUCUGGUGAAGAGACGAAAAGUCGUGUCACAAGCUUUUCAGAAAGCUCUGAAUCUCAGCUCUGCACCUGAGCCCAGCAAGGUCCCAUUGGUGGCUGUGGUGUGUUCUGGGGGCGGGACCAGAGCAAUGACUAGCUCAUUCGGAGGCCUAAGAGCCCUGCAAAAACUCCAAGUUCUUGAUGCAGUCAGCUACAUCACAGGGGUUUCUGGCUCCACCUGGACUAUGGCUUAUCUUUAUAAUGACGCUAAUUGGUCAAACAAUGACCUAAAUGGGGUUAUGGAGUCUGUGAAGAAGGAGAUCUCUAAAAGUGUGUUCAGUAUAUUUUCCCCUGAGCAGCUACAUCACUACAAAGAGAAGAUGGAAGAGAGAGUGAAAGAAGGACACCUUGUAUCUCUCGUCGACAUGUGGGGUCUGGCUAUAGAGUAUCUCAUCCAAGGGAAGAAAAAAUUGGGUACACUAUCUGACCAGCAGAUGGCACUAUCAAAGGGCCAGAACCCUCUACCCAUCUACACAGCUCUCAACAUGAAGAAUGGCAAGAGAGGAAGUAUCAUAGAGACUGAAUGGUGUGAGUUCACCCCAUAUGAGGUCGGAUUUACCAAGUAUGGUGCCUUUGUACCUGCACAAAACUUUGGGAGUGAAUAUUACCUCGGCCACAUGGUCAAGAAACUCCCUGAAUCUGGGAUAUACUCUCUACUGGGGAUAUGGAGCAGUGUUUUCUCUUUGAGUCUGACUCAGCUGUGGAGUAUUGUGACUGGAGUGACCCCAUCUUGGGCCAGUAAGAUUGGAGAAGAAGUGAACCACACAGACACAGACGACAAACCAACAACGUCGGACACACUUCAGGUCAGCCCUAUGACUGACUUGGCAAAAAAGCUGAGCAACUUUUUGACCAGCCGCCCCAUUAUUAGCGAAGUGUUCAACUUCCUGAGAGGCUUUAACCUGCACAGGAACUACUGUGAGAACCGUGACUUCACCGCAUGGAAGGACACACACCCAGACGCCUUCCCGAACUCUCUGACACCAGCAGAUGCCACACUUGGCCUGGUGGACUCUGCUUUUGUCCUCAAGUCAGGUUUCCCUCCUGUGUUACGGUCUGACAGACAUGCAGACGUCAUUCUGUCCCUGAACUACUCUUGGGACUCAGACCACUUCAAGGUCAUUAAGCAAACUGAGGAGUACUGCACUGAUCGCAAGAUUCCAUUUCCGAAGGUCGAUUACAAAAAGUUGGAGUCUGAGCCGAUUAAGGAAGUUUAUGUGUUUGAAGAUAAAGACAAUCCAGAAGCUCCCAUAGUGCUUCACUUUCCCAUGGUCAAUGUCUCAUUCAAACAGUUCAAAGCUCCUGGAGUGAAGAGAGAGGGUAAGGCGGAGAUGAAGGAAGGAGAUUUUGAUAUUGACUUCACCAGUAUGUUCUGUCCAUUCGCCACUCACAACCUUACCUACCAGCCGGAAGAUUUCCAGAAGCUGGCCAACCUCGCCACCUACAACAUUCUGAACAACAAAGACGUCAUUUUUAACACGCUGAACAAAGUGCUUAAGAGAAACAUGGAGAGAAUUCCUGUUACAAAGGCAUCAAAAUUUUGAGUUGAUUUUGAGGCCGGAAGUUAAGGCAGGAGUAAUUAGCCAGUGAUUUUUAUAUAUUUAACUCUAAAAAGAUUGAUUUAAAGGGAGAGUUCACUCAAAAAUAUCAUAAUUUUUUCACCCUUGUGUUAAUAAUCUAUUCUUUACACUAAAAGUGAAGGGUAACCAGAGCCUGUCAAGCUCAAAACUCCUGUGUUAUGGAAUAACACAUUAUACAUUUAAGUUAUACAUUUAAUAUUACAUUUAACUUUUUAUAUUUCAAUAUUCAUAAAGCGUUUUAGGCUAAAUUGUGCUUUGUGGCUUUUGGAUAUGAAAGAUGAGACCAAACUCACACAUCAGCAGUAUAACUUAAUUCUUCACAUUGCCAAAUAAAAAUAUGGACACUGACUAAAAGCUGUUGAGUCAUAUGGUUUCCAUUACACAUAUUCUGAGUUGUUCCAAUUCUCAUUCUGACUCUGAGCAUGACUGUUGCAACACUGUUAUUUUGCAAAAGAGGCCAAGGAAAUCUAAUUCUGACCUCGUGUAAAGUCAGACUGACGAUGCAGGGUGUAAAUAUGACGCUUCACGAUCAUUCAUGAUCAUGAUCAUUUUUUGUAACUCAGAUGAUUUCACCAAUAUAGCUGAGCUAUAUAGAGGAAAUCCACCAUAGAAGUCGGGAAAUAUUGCAACACAUAUAUUACAAGAGUGUUUUUGUAUGUUUAAUAUUACACAUAAACAAGCUAUCUAAGUGAGUUAUGUGACUGUAAGCUUAGUGACAUGUAUUUUUAAUGCUUAAAAGAUGAAGUUAAUGAAAAAUAAAAGUAGAAGUUUCAACAAACAGCAGAGGACAAAAAAAUCUAAACAAAAGCAAUGGAAGGGUCACCAGGGGCUGUCAAGCUUGAAAAAUGACACAAAGCAUCAUAAAAAAAAAAAAAAAAAUCUAUAACAGUUGUCCAUGUGACUCAAGUACCAUUUUCUAAGUGUUAGCUUUGUGUGAAGUGCACCCCAAAAUGUAAAUAUUCACCAAAAUUCUCUUCCAUAGCUCUCAAGAUCUCAUUUGUGUAAUUUUCAAUAUGCACAUAUUCUAAUUUGGAGCACUGUACACUCUAAGAAAAGGUUCUAUGGAACUUUAAAGGUUUCUGUCAGGCUCUUCAUAUAGAACCAUUUAGGAGUUCCCAUCAUGGGAUCAUUUUAUGGAUUUAGUUUUAAUUAAUAAUUUUGUUUUAAUUCAUUUUGAUUACAUUUUAUGAAUUAAAUAGCUCAUAAACAUACUUUAUCACUAGAAAAAAUUGAAAUAGCCCAUCAAACAUGAAAGUAUUAUGCAAUCAUUUGUAGACUUUACUUUAUGUAGAACCUUUUUGACAUAAAGUGUUUUUAAAAUUGAAUCAAGAACCAUAGUACUCAACUGAACACUUUUUUCUAAGAGUGUAGCUGUUAUGAGACACAAGAUCCAAUGCCGUUUGGCAUCAUUGGUCAUGACCAGUGUUGAGGAAAGUUACUUUUAAAGGUAAUGCAUUACAAUGUUGUGUUAUUCCCUAAAAAAGUAACUAAUUUCGUUACUUAGUUACUUUUUAUGAAAAGUAAUCUGUUACAUUACUUUUGCAUUACUUUUUACCUGGGCUGGGUUUGCUUGUUUGUUUUUUAAUAACAAAAAAAGUUCUAUUUUUUGCCAAAUGUUAAGGCCCUUUCACACCAAAAGUAAAAUGUGGAAGGAAAUGCAUAUUUACGCCUGUACAGUAGAGGGCGCAACUCAAACCUUUCAGCUGUGCUGCCAUUCUGGAUUAAAGAAGAUUAGGAUACAGGAGAAGGAAGUUCAACAUUCUUAUUUCUAAAUCUAAUCUAAAGUCAUUUUUGCUUAUUAGUAUGGUUGAAUUAGAUCAUUGAAGGUCAGCAGCAAAGACACUGGUAAAUAAAGUGAGAUUAAAUACAUAAAGUAUACUUGUGUAAUUUAAUGCAGUUAAUUAUUACAGGUUUGCGUAAAAUUCUGAGUUUGCAUUUCACUGUUUUUAUUCAUUUUGAGGAAUACUGAAUGUUUUCAUGCAAGUGAGAUGAGUAAAUGCAUGUUCACAUUUAGUUUAGAACUAAAAUAAACCAUCAUGUUCACACAGCCCACACAACACCUCUGCACUUUAUUUUUUCUCAACAUGGGGACAGGAGAGCUGUCAGUCAAUAAAUGUGGAAAAGCAACUAAGAUAUUUUGUUGUAAAUUGAAAAGUAAUGCGUUACUUUUUUGUUACUAGUUACUUAAAAAAGAAAAAGUAAUCUGAUUACGUAACUCAAGUUACUUGUAAUACCCCCAACACUGGUCAUGAUUGUGACAUCAUGAUGCACCUUAUUUUGAAUAUUGAGGAAAUAACUGCAGUUUUCUGGGAAAUAACCGCACAUUUUGUUCUUCUUCUCACAUGUUUAGCAACUUUUUAGGUGCUUUUUGUCAUUUUUGGAGCUUGAAACUCAUUGAUCACAUGGUUUAUUACUACAUUGUUUGGUAAUGAGCAGAACAUCUUUUGUGUUUCAUGGAAAAAGAAGUUUUGGAACAGCAUGAAGGACAGUAAAUGAUGUAAAUAACAGAAUUGUCAUAUAUAUAUUCUAUAACUUUUGUUGAGGAGUUAUUCAACUAGAGAUUUUAUAUUUGAAGCUAAAUGGAUGUUAAAUUUAUUAUGUUAAAUAUGUAUACUGUUCAAAAGUUUUGGGUCGGUAAGAUUUUUUUAAAAAAAUCUUUUGGGGGAAAAAAGUAUUUUGCGCAUGAAGGCUGCAUUUAUUGGAUCAAAAAUACAGUAAAAAUUAAAAUAUUGUGAAAUUUUAUUACAAUUUAAAAUUCUACUGUAAUAUAUUUUAAAAUUGAAUUUAUUCCUGUGGUGGAAAAGCUGAAUUUCAUUUUAUACUUGCUUAAUAAUAAUAUUAAUUUAUAUAAAAAAUCUUAUUUUUAUGUAACUAGUGUAACAUUGGUCAAAGGUUCAUGCUAUAUACGGUUACACUAUUGACCACUAGAUGGACUUGCUCGCUCAUGUCUCAGGCCUGGCUGUCCUCAAUUCACCUGAGACCAGCACUUUCUCCAAUGUAUAUCACUAUUGUGCUUUUGCAGUUUUUCUCGGGUUUAGCACCCCUCUAAUAUGUUUCUGACUGGUUUGCAAGGAAUUAUGGGAGUCUCUCAGGAUACUGCUGUUGCCUGUCAUGAUUUGCUCAACAAGAGUGACAUUGAUGCACAAUGUUCAAAAUACCUCAGGGCUAUGUAUGUGAAUGUGUUACCAGACUAAAAAGACAUGUUUUAUUAAUCACCAAGGGGAAAAGCAGGUGCAAUGCAGCACCUGUUUGUACAGAUUUGAUUGAUUUGCCCUGGGUGACACAAGCUCUUUGAAUUCAAUUGAGCUUUUUUUUUUUUUUUUUUUUUUUUUCAAAUAUCCAUGAAGUUAUAAAAUUUGUUUUUCCUCAGUUUAAAAUGUAGACAUAAAACUGAUCUAUAUUUAAAGGAAUAAAAUUAAUAUUACAUUCAACUUUUUAUAUUUCAUUAUUCAUAAAAGGUUUUAGGAUGAAUUGUGGCUCUGUGGCUUUUGAAUAUGAAAGAUGAAACCAAACUCACACAUCAGCAGUAUAACUUAAUUCUUCACAUUGCCAAAUGAAAUAUGGACACUGACUAAAGGCUGUUGAGUCAUUUGGUUUCCAUUACACAUAUUCUGUGUUGUUUCGAUUCUCAUUCUGACUCUGAGCAUGACUGUUGCAACACUGUUAUUUAGCAAGAGACCAAGGUAAACUAAUUCUGACCUCAUGUAAAGUCAGACUGACGAUGCAGGGUGUAAAUAUGACGCUUCAUUGUGAUCAUGAUCCUUUUUCGUAACUCAGAUGAUUUCACCAAUAGAGCUGAGCUAUUUUUAGAUGAGAAAGAAAGAAAGAAAGAAACCCACAACA